CUGCUAGUCGGAGCCGGGGGUCGCCAGCGCUUGGACGGCAAGGGGCAGGGGCGAACCUGGCUCGACUCCUCGUCCUCAGCGGCAGCCGGCAGCCCCCAUGGCGACCAGAGGGCUUUAAAGGAGUCGGGGGGCUUUGUCAGGAUCUGGGCGACUCCGGAUCCGGCGAUUCCUUCUCUCGCCUCGCCCUGUCAUUGAUGGGAAAUCAACUGGAUCGCAUCACCCACCUGAAUUACAGCGAGCUGCCGACCGGGGACCCCUCGGGGAUCGAGAAGGACGAGCUGCGCGUCGGGGUGGCUUACUUCUUCUCGGAUGAGGAGGAGGAUCUGGACGAGCGAGGGCAGCCGGACAAGUACAGCGUGAAGGGCUCCAGCAGCCCUGCCCAAGAGACGCCCACCCACCACCACCACCACCACCACCACCACACGCCGCAGCUGGUGCUGAGCGAGACCCAGUUCUCCGCCUUCCGGGGGCAAGAAUGCAUCUUCGCCAAGGUGAGCGGAGACCCCCAGGCUGGGGAUCUGAGCGUCUACCCGGUGUCGGCCCUGCCUGCCCUGUGCAAGCCGGGCGACCUGCUGGAGCUGCUCUACCUGGGGCCGUCCGACCACCCUCCGCCGCCGCCGCACUGGGCCGUCUAUGUGGACAGCGGCCAGAUCAUCCACUUGCACCAGGGCCAGAUUCGCCAGGACUGCUUGUACGAGGCGGCCGCUGGCAACGUGGGCCGGGUGGUGAGUAGCUGGUACCGCUACCGGCCCCUGGUGGCGGAGCUGGUGGUGCAGAACGCCUGCGGCCACCUGGGCUUAAAGAGCCCCGAGAUCUGCUGGACGAACUCGGAGAGCUUCGCCGCCUGGUGCCGCUUCGGCAAACGGGAGUUCAAAGCCGGCGGCGAGCUCCAGCCAGCCUCGGGCUCUCAGCCGCCUCAGCAGCAAUACUAUCUCAAGAUCCACCUGGCCGACAGCCAGGUGCACACGGUGCGCUUCCAGAGCCUCGAGGACCUAAUCAGGGAGAAGCGCAGGAUCGACGCCAGCGGCAAACUGAGGGUGAUCAAAGAGCUGGCGAUCGUGGCUGGCAAAGAAUAAGCGGCGGAGCCCAAGCUGAAGGGGCGGGGG